UCAGGUUUGCAUUGUAAAAGUAAUUGGUGGUAUGGAACAGAGUGGAGAUGACCGCUGGCUCAUGCGCUGAACUGUCGGUUUAUUUGAUUUUUGGGGCCUUUUAUUUUGGGCCUACCAUAUUCUAGUUCCGGAGGGUUCUUUCCUGGAUUUGGAGUUAGCAGAAAUGAGAAAUGUACAAGGGGGUUUGUCAUCUGACUGAAAGAGCUCAASAAGACGGCAUUGUUCGAUUUUUUUCUCAGUUGGUGGGAAAAAAAUGUGUGAGUUGACUCUAUCCUGGUGUAGUACAUUGUCCUGGUUAAGGUUGUUGACACCCUUUUCGGAAGGUGGAAGCAAAUUUCUGUUUUAACCUAAAUAGACGUUACAACUUGAAUUUGAACUUGUCCAAACUGAGGUUUGGAUAUUUAUUAAAGGAAGCAACACACCUUUUUGUUGCUCUACAGCAAAGCCCGUUACAACAUUAUAAACCUCUGUCUACAGCCUUUUUGGACUUUCUGGUUUUGGACUUUGUUUGGGAACCACCACCAUGCCUGUAAUUGUAYUGGAGGCCAGUGAUCUGACCAGCCCUCUGUCGCUGGUGCGUAUGUGGGCUCUCCUGUCUGGUUGCCUUACCUUCAGCCUGGUAGCCUCCCUGGUUCCCUCGGAGCUGAUCUCUGACACCCACCAGCCCUCCUUCAGGAUCCUCUGCAUGUUCACCUGGUGCCUCUUCUUCAUCCUCACCCUCCUAAUCCACRUGGUCAACAUCAUCCAGUUCCACAGCCUGGUCCCCAUCUCCUGGAAGAACCUGACAGUGACYGUGGCGGCUCUCGCCACCCUCAUGACCCUCAGUGCCACAGUCACCUUCCCCUGGGCGGUCAUGUGUCAUGAAGGUGCCUGGCCCCGUCCUAUCGCCGCCUCCUUGGCGUCGUGUCUCACCUUCCUGGCCUAUGGAACCGAGGCCUAUCUCAUCCGCAACCAGACCCAGGACCAGAAGGGCUACAUGGCCAGCGUGCCCGGCCUGCUCAAGGUGCUCCAGCUCUGGGGAGGAUGUGAGAUGAUCGUCCUGGUGGUGGAGCAGGUCCGUGGAGCUUUGGUAAAAGUAGGGUUGGCAGCUGUGGGUUGGCAGCUAUGGGUGUCUGGGGCGUGGUAUGCCAUCUGUCUCCUAAUGUCCCUGGGUACAGUGAUGGUGGUUCUAGGGGACUGUGCUGGGCGAUGCCCCCUGCCCUUUGACCGCCUGCUGGCCGGCUUCAGUCUGACWGGGGUGCUUCUCUAUGUGGUCGCCACCAUACUGUGUUUUACCAGAGUCCUGGAGCUACGGAAACGCGACCAAGACCUGACAGACAGGAAAACUGGGCCCACCCUUGUUGUCAUGGAAGCGGUGAUGGCCAGCAUUACUCUGCUAGCUUACACAGUGGACCUGGCCUUCUCUAUCAAACUGCUSCGGGAUAGGAGUCAUGCCUGAAGAAGACACACCUGGAUAGUUGACCUUCAGAACACAUAACAUGUACAUUAUGGAUAUUAACGUAGUCAUAGUUAAUUAUAGGGGAAGGGGACACAUUUCCAAAGUCCAUGAAAUAUUAACUUCUGUUGAUGUCAAWUGUAUUUUGAUUCUAAUUAGGGGCACUGGAGCCUUGAAAAAUGAAAAACAAAUGUCAUAGAUAUUUUCAUGGACGUUAUCAUGUGCACAGUGUUGGGAAGUAGGUCCAGGACAUGUAAUUCCACUAGUAAUUCAACUACAUUUUUCAGUAGCUUGGUGGUAGUUUAACUAAAUUCAAGUCUUUGUCGUGUUUUCAGUAGUCAGUGACUUGUUUGCCAUGUAGUGGUGUAGCUAUUAAUACAACUUGGUGGUUSCACCAAUUCGGUGCCUUUUGAGAUUGUUUCACUUGGUGAAAAAAACCCUGUUUGAUUUCAACAAAUUGUAACAUUCUGUCAUAAAGAGCACAUGUUCAACUUAAUAAAAAACAAGUUUUCCUAUCUGAAAARGUUAAACAAAUAGGAAUGAUUAUAGUAAGUGCCUAUUAAGUGCCAAMUGAAGUAACAGGGUUGACAGUAACAGGGUUAAUUUAAUCUUAAAUCAGCCAUGAAUCCCAUUGUGAMAGGGGGAAUAGAAGCUUGUUGUGUGCAACAAGUAGUGCAAUUGAACACAACCGUCACUCAAAAAAUGUAAGUGUAAAACAUUUCUAGUCAUCUAUGAGUAACUGGGUUGACGUUUUAUGCUCGACCCACUCAGUUUUCCACCACAAAAAAACAGAAAGAGCUAAAAAAAGUGUAGAACCAGCCCACCUACAUUUACAGAGGAUGGAAUAGRUUACUUUCUAAAUGUAAUCCGUUAGUUACUAGUUACCUGUCCAAAAUUCUAAUCAGUAACGUAACUUUUGGAUUACCUUAACUCAGUAACAUAAUUUGAUUACUUUCCGUUACUUUUGGAUUACUUUCCCCUUAAGAGGCAUUAGAAGAAGACAAAAUGAAUCCAUCAAAUGUAUUUUGUGUGUCAUCAUAGUGGUCUCAGACUUGUGGUCAGACUCAGGUGGAACGAAGUUAUGCUGCAUUUGCAACCAAGUGGGAAGUGCGAAUUUACCACAUACGACUGGGAAAAACCCACUUUAACGACCCUCCAACUGGUCAUUACUAGUGGGAAACUCGUCUAUCAUCCCGAGCUGCCACUUCUUUCACAUGCUGACUUCURACAUCACCUACUAAAGACAUUACCUUGAUAGCGGCAUUUUUUGCAGUUAAAUGCAACAAAAYAUUAUUUAUAAAAAGCAGUSUAUUGAUAUGGCUUUGAACACUAUAAUUACUUUACAAGCAUGAUAGCUGUACUUUUCGUGUAUUAGUAUACGCAGCUUGUUGUCCUUUAGCCAAUCAGCGUUUCUCAACGAGUUCAUAGUACAUGAAUGCAUCCAACUGGUAUUUACGACUUCACAACUGGUCAAUUCAUACCUCCCACUUGCACUAAACUUUUUAAACAGCAUUAAACUUGCACCUUUUUUCAAUGCUGAAUUGAACGUCAUUGAAAACACAUAMAGGUGUCAUAAUGUAUUUUUUCUGUAGACACCCUUUCUGAAUUUAAAAGUAAUCCAAAAAAAUAUAAUCUAGUCUUCCAAAAGUAUCUGUAAUCCGAUUACAAUGAUUUUGCUAGCAGCAUAACCGAUUACAGUUAAAACAUUUUUUUAUCAGAUUACAUGUUACUACCCAACCCUGCUUUAACGCUAUUAUUUGACUAUUAGAUGUUCAAUGUUUCCUUAGUAAAACAUAUUUCAGCAGGAAUAGUUUGACCAUAUUAAAACAAGAGUUCAGUUCAUGUAACAGGGUUGACCUUAAAAUGAGGCAYAGAUUCCUUAAAACRAAUCACUAACAACAUGAAAUAAAUAAUCAUCUUUAGAAAUGACUGUCAAAGCAACAAAAUAACUAAGGCUUUACAAUGAUGGUGAAUAAAUACUUGGAUAUAUUUUGGGGUUGGAGUGAUAUUUGAAAAUGCUGGAUUUUGGCACUUUAGCAAAUCUUUAUUCAAAUAAAAAAAUCGGAUUUAUUGAAUUCUCCAUGUGGUCUAUAUCAAAGGGCACUUCAUUGAAAAUAAGGGGGAUUUAAAAUGUAAUAUUGGUGCACAAUUUCUUCUUAAAAUAUCAAAAGGGACUCAUUUCAUGGAACAACCUAACUACCAACUACAUUUCCUACAUUAAAAAAUAUAUAUAGCAAAAAAAUAUAUAAAAAAA